UUGCCGCCGCGCCGCGGAGCCGCGCAGGUGUGGGGCGUGAGGAGGCAUGGAUCCCGGCGGCCGGUGGCGUGGCCUGCCCAGCGGGCCUAGCCUGAAGCACCUGACCGACCCCUCUUACGGGGUCCCUCCCGAGCAGCAGAAGGCGGCGCUGCAGGAGCUGACGCGGGCGCACGUGGAGUCCUUCAACUACGCUGUGCGCGAGGGACUCAGCCACGCGGUGCAGGAUAUACCUUCCUUUGAAUUUGCUUUCAAAGAUGAGCGUAUCUCUCUUACUAUUGUGGAUGCUGUUAUCAGUCCACCCACAGUUCCCAAAGGGACCAUCUGCAAAGAACUCAACAUUUAUCCAGCUGAAUGUCGGGGCCGAAGGAGUACCUACCGGGGGAAGCUGACAGCUGAUAUUAGCUGGGCAGUGAAUGGAAUCUCAAAAGGCAUCAUUAAGCAGUUUCUUGGCUAUGUUCCCAUCAUGGUGAAGUCCAAGCUUUGCAACUUAUACAACCUUCCUCCUCGAGCCCUCAUUGAGCACCACGAGGAGGCAGAGGAAAUGGGAGGCUAUUUUAUAAUCAAUGGCAUUGAGAAAGUCAUCCGAAUGUUAAUUAUGCCUCGGAGAAAUUUCCCCAUUGCAAUGGUCAGACCAAAAUGGAAAAGCAGAGGACCUGGCUAUACUCAGUUUGGAGUUUCAAUGCACUGUGUGAAGGGAGAAUAUUCUGCGGUCAAUAUGAACCUUCACUACCUGGAAAAUGGCACAGUUAUGUUGAACUUCAUUUACCGGAAAGAGCUAUUCUUUCUUCCAUUAGGAUUUGCACUUAAGGCACUUGUCAACUUUCCUGAUUAUCAGAUUUUUCAGGAGCUCAUCAAAGGAAAAGAGGACGACUCAUUCUUUAGGAACUCCGUAUCUCAGAUGUUGAGGAUUGUAAUGGAAGAGGGUUGUUCCACACAAAAACAGGUCCUUAACUAUCUAGGGGAAUGCUUCAGAGUAAAGCUCAAUCUUCCUGACUGGUAUUCUAAUGAGCAAGCUGCAGAGUUCCUCUUCAAUCAGUGCAUCUGCAUCCACUUGAAAUCCAGUACUGAAAAAUUUUAUGUACUUUGUCUCAUGACCCGGAAGCUCUUUGCUUUAGCCAGAGGAGAGUGCAUGGAGGAGAAUCCUGAUAGUUUGGUGAAUCAAGAAGUCCUUACCCCUGGUCAGCUCUUCCUUAUGUUUUUGAAGGAAAAAAUGGAAGCUUGGUUAGUGUCUAUUAAAAUAGCUUUAGAUAAGAAAGCUCAGAAGACUGGUGUGUCCAUAAACUCUGAAAAUUUGAUGAAGAUUUUUAGUAUGGGAGCAGACCUUACAAGACCAUUUGAAUAUCUUCUUGCUACUGGAAAUCUGCGUUCGAAAACAGGUCUUGGCUUCCUGCAAGAUUCUGGACUUUGCGUUGUGGCAGACAAGCUGAACUUCAUACGCUAUCUCUCCCAUUUCCGCUGUGUGCACAGAGGGGCUGAUUUUGCCAAGAUGAGGACCACCACUGUGCGUAGGCUGCUGCCAGAGUCCUGGGGCUUCCUCUGCCCUGUGCACACCCCAGAUGGCGCGCCCUGUGGUCUGAUGAACCACCUAACUGCCACUUGCGAGGUUGUCACGCAGCUCGUGUACACAACAUCUCUUCCAGCUCUGCUCUGCAGCUUGGGGGUCACUCCUGUUGAUGGGGUGCCACAUCGACCCUACAGUGAGUGCUACCCUGUCCUGCUGGAUGGCCUCAUGGUGGGCUGGGUGGAUAAGGAUCUUGCUCCUGGCAUCGCAGAUUCUCUCCGACGUUUUAAGGUGUUGAGAGAAAAAAGAAUCCCCCCCUGGAUGGAGGUGGUGCUUGUCCCCAUGACGGGAAAGCCGAGCCUGUACCCAGGGCUGUUGCUCUUCACCACUCCUUGCCGACUGGUACGGCCUGUGCAGAACUUGGACCUGGGCAAAGAAGAACUGAUCGGCACAAUGGAACAGCUCUUCAUGAACAUCGCUAUCUUUGAGGACGAGGUUUUUGCUGGAGUCACCACACACCAGGAACUCUUCCCUCACAGCCUGCUCAGUGUGAUCGCCAACUUCAUCCCCUUCUCUGACCACAACCAGAGUCCUCGGAACAUGUACCAGUGCCAGAUGGGUAAGCAGACUAUGGGCUUUCCCCUUCUCACUUACCAAGACCGAUCAGAUAAUAAACUGUAUCGUCUUCAGACUCCACAAAGUCCUCUUGUAAGACCAUACAUGUAUGAUUAUUAUGACAUGGAUAACUAUCCAAUUGGGACAAACGCCAUUGUUGCUGUGAUUUCAUACACUGGCUAUGACAUGGAAGAUGCCAUGAUUCUGAAUAAGGCCUCUUGGGAGCGAGGCUUUGCCCACGGAAGUGUGUACAAGUCAGAGUUCAUAGACCUCUCUGAAAAGAUUAAACAGGGAGAUGAUAGUCUGGUGUUCGGCGUCAAACCUGGUGACCCCCGUACUCUGCGGAAGUUGGAUGCUGAUGGGCUGCCAUUCAUUGGGGCAGCACUGCAGUAUGGAGACCCGUAUUAUGGCUACCUCAACCUCAACACUGGGGAGAGCUUCGUGAUGUUCUACAAGAGUAAAGAGAACUGCAUCGUGGACAACAUCAAAGUGUGCAGCAACGACGCGGGGAGUGGGAGGUUCAAGUGCGUCUGCAUCACCAUGCGCGUCCCUCGGAACCCGACUAUUGGAGAUAAGUUUGCCAGCCGUCACGGGCAGAAGGGCAUCUUGAGCAGGUUGUGGCCCGCCGAGGACAUGCCUUUUACUGAGAGUGGGAUGGUGCCAGACAUCCUGUUCAAUCCUCACGGUUUUCCGUCCCGCAUGACCAUUGGCAUGUUGAUUGAGAGCAUGGCUGGGAAGUCUGCCGCCCUGCACGGCCUCUGCCACGACGCCACCCCCUUCACCUUCUCCGAGGAGAACUCGGCUUUGGAAUACUUCGGCAAGAUGUUAAAGGCUGCUGGCUACAACUUCUAUGGCACCGAGAGGCUGUAUAGUGGCAUCAGCGGGGUGGAACUGGAGGCAGACAUUUUCAUAGGCGUGGUGUAUUACCAGCGCUUACGCCACAUGGUGUCUGACAAAUUUCAAGUUAGAACAACUGGAGCCAGGGACAAAGUCACCAACCAGCCUAUUGGGGGGAGAAACGUGCAGGGGGGGAUCCGUUUUGGGGAGAUGGAACGGGAUGCGCUCCUGGCCCACGGCACGUCUUUUCUCCUUCACGACCGCCUCUUCAACUGCUCUGACCGCUCGGUGGCCCAUGUGUGUGUCAGCUGUGGCAGUUUACUCUCCCCACUGUUGGAGAAGCCACCCCCUUCGUGGUCCGCCAUGCGCAACAGAAAGUACACCUGUGUUCUCUGUGACCGCAGUGACACCAUCGACACUAUCUCCGUGCCGUACGUGUUCCGGUACUUUGUAGCUGAACUGGCGGCCAUGAACAUCAAAGUGAAGCUGGAUGUCGUCUAGCGGGCCGUCAGCCUUGGGGACGGGAGAGCUCGCAGGCGGAAAUGGAAUGCAGCUGCAGUGCAGCGAAGGGGUCCCAGGUUUCCUCCAGGGCAUUAGUGCUUUAAACCAAGACCAGGCAACCAGAGCUCAAGGUUUCUGAAUCUCCGAUGUAAUUACUGAAGUCAGCUUUUGGUAUAUGUGUUAAAAAAUUCCACAUGUAUCAUCUUUAAAAAUGAUGUGCUGAUAAAUGAAGCUCACACAAGGGAAAGGGAUACAAAUGUUACAGGCCAGUUAUGUAGUUUUUUAUUCUUAUAGCCACAUGAAGUAAAAGCAGACCAGUAGGAAUAUUUUAGCAGUUUUAUUGAAGUAUAAUUGCUGUGCAGAAAACUACACAUGCUGAACGUGUGCAGCUGAUGGGUUUGAACUUGUGCACAACCUGUGUUCCAUCUCUCAGUCAGGUAAAUAAAUGAGCAUCCUUCCCAAAAAGUC